UUAUUGCUUAUUACAUGUAAAGCAUAGAGAGACCGGCGCCGGCGCACAAGAUUGGUGUUUUAUUUGACAAGGGCCCCUGCUUUUUUUAUUUAAAAAUAAAUAAAUAUAAAUAUAAAUUAAGAAGAACAAAUCAGAUCGAAGGCCGCCUCUUUCAGUUGUCAAAUACCAUUGAUUUGUUGGUUUAGAGAAGAGAAGAAAAUGGAAAUUCCUACGAAAGCGAAAACAAGAGAAAGCAAAAACAUCUUCGCGAUUGCUUCUACAGCCGAGGAUCGGAGGAUUAUGUCUUCCCGCCAGUGCACUCAAGAAGGUGUUCGUGCUGGAGCCAAGGCUGCUGCCGUUGCUUGUAUUGCCAGUGCUAUUCCUACGUUGAUUGCAGUUCGAAAAGUCCCUUGGGCAAAGGCAAACAUUAACUAUACUGGUCAGGCACUGAUUAUAUCUGCAGCGUCGAUUGCUGCUUACUUUAUAACUGCUGAUAAAACUAUAUUGGAGUGUGCAAGAAAGAAUUCCCAUUAUGAGAGAUCAGCUUGAUACACAGGUCACCACCAAGUCUCGGCAACAGCAGCUUGAUGCGUUUCUGUAAAUGGUAAUAGUUGUAUUUAUAAAGACAAUCUUUCUCUUCGAUAAACAAGAUGGGAAGUUGGAUGUUUAUUCUA